AUGUCUGGUGUUUUCAGCAUCCCGUCUAAAUAUGUAUUGCAGCGAUGGACUAAUGCUGCUCCGAGCAGGCAUGGCAUAGGCGAAAGAUUGGAUGAGAUGCUGUCUAAGGUCCGUUGUCACAAUGAUUUAUGUCGAAGAGCCAUAAUAUUGGGUGAAGAAUAUUCUUUGUCUCAAGAAAGUUACAAUAUUGCACUCUGUGCAAUAAAAGAAGCUUUGAAGCAGUGUACAACUGUGAAUAACUCUGUAGAGAAUGAUUCAAGAACUAUGACCUUGGCAGCCCAUCCCGUUUGUGGUGAUGAAGUGAAUCAGUGCGGCAAUGUAUCUAAUGUGGUGGCUCCUCAUCCUAAAGUGACCAAUGCAAACAAGGCUUCUAGGAGAGCUGGGGCUGGGAAGGGAGUAGCAAGUAAGGAAAAUAGUUCAAGCAAUAAAGGAAAGGUACCCCAGCCAGAAGCUCUCGGCAUGGGUAUACAAGAUAGCCUUCACCAAAUGGAAAUGUCUGGCAUAAGGCCCAUUCACUUACAGAGUGUUGCGCCAGCACAGUUACAUAACAUGGAUACUGGAUUAUGGACAACAAAAUGA